AUGUGGGGCGGACGCCGUUCGUCCGCCGCCGCCUCCCGGAACGCCGCUUCGCUCCUGCGGCUGCUGCUGGCCGCGCUGCUGGCGGCGGGGGCGCGGGCCAGCGGCGAGUACUGCCACGACUGGCUGGACGCGCAGGGCGUCUGGCGCAUCGGCUUCCAGUGCCCCGAGCGCUUCGACGGCGGCGACGCCACCAUCUGCUGCGGCAGCUGCGCGCUGCGCUACUGCUGCGCCAGCGCCGAGGCGCGCCUGGACCAGGGCGGCUGCGACAACGAUCGCCAGCAGGGCGCCGGCGAGCCUGGCCGGGCGGACAAAGACGGCCCCGACGGCUCGGCAGUCCCCAUCUACGUGCCGUUCCUCAUCGUUGGCUCCGUGUUUGUCGCCUUUAUCAUCUUGGGGUCCCUUGUGGCGGCCUGUUGCUGCAGAUGUCUCUGGCCCAAGCAGGAGCCCCAGCAGAGCCGAGCCCCGGGGGGCAACUGCUUGAUGGAGACCAUCCCCAUGAUCCCCAGUGCCAGCACCUCCCGGGGGUCAUCUUCCCGCCAGUCCAGCACAGCUGCCAGCUCCAGUUCCAGUGCUAACUCAGGGGCCCGGGCACCCCCAACAAGGUCACAGACCAACUGUUGUUUGCCCGAGGGGACCAUGAACAACGUGUAUGUGAAUAUGCCCACGAAUUUCUCUGUGCUGAACUGUCAGCAGGCCACCCAAAUUGUGCCGCAUCAAGGGCAGUACCUACAUCCCCCUUACGUGGGGUACACGGUACAGCACGAUUCUGUGCCCAUGACGCCUGUUCCCCCUUUCAUAGACGGCUUGCAGCCUGGCUAUAGGCAGAUUCAGUCCCCCUUCCCCCACACGAACAGUGAACAGAAGAUGUACCCAGCGGUGACUGUAUAA